GGGCGCCGUGCCCGCGGCGCGGCGCGGCGCGGCGCGGGCGGCGGGCGAGGCCCCUCGGCGGGAGCGGGGCCGCGGCGCGGCGGGUGUGUCCGGGCCUCGCUCGCCCACCCCCUCGCCCGCCCCUGUGGCGCGGGCCGGGAGCGCGGAGAGGAGGAGACGAGCCGGAGGAGGAGGAGGAAGUGGAGGCGGCUGCGAAUAGCGGGCAAAUGGGGAGCUGAGCGCCUGCAGCAGCACCGCGGCCGCGCAGCAGCAGCAGCAGCGGCGGCGGCGGGCGCGGAGGCGAGCCGGCCCCGGGCCGUUGCUGCCCGAGCCCGAGCGCGAGGAGCCGCCGGGCAGGUGCCCCGCGCCGAUCCGCGCCGCGCCGGGGCCGGCACCAUGCAGACCUUCCUCAAGGGGAAGCGGGUGGGCUACUGGCUGAGCGAGAAGAAGAUCAGGAAGCUGAAUUUCCAGGCCUUCGCGGAGCUGUGCCGGAAAAGAGGAGUAGAAGUAGUGCAGCUUGACCUCACCAAACCAAUUGAAGAUCAGGGCCCUUUGGAUGUGAUCAUACAUAAACUGACAGAUGUCAUCCUCGAAGCAGACCAGAAUGACAGCCAGUCACUGGAGCUGGUUCACAGGUUCCAGGAAUAUAUUGAUGCUCACCCUGAAACCAUUAUCCUGGACCCUCUUCCAGCUAUUCGGACACUUCUGGACCGAUCCAAGUCUUACGAGCUCAUUCGGCAAAUAGAGGCAUACAUGCAAGAUAAGAGGAUCUGUUCACCACCCUUUAUGGAGCUGACAAGUGCCUGUGGAGAAGAUACCUUGCAGCUAAUAGAGAAGAACGGACUGGCGUUCCCAUUCAUUUGUAAAACCAGAGUGGCCCAUGGAACCAACUCUCACGAGAUGGCAAUCAUCUUCAACCAGGAGGGCCUGAAGGCUGUCCGUCCCCCUUGCGUCAUUCAGAGCUUCAUCAAUCACAAUGCCGUGCUAUAUAAAGUGUUUGUGGUUGGGGAAUCCUACACAGUGGUGAAAAGACCAUCUUUAAAGAACUUCUCUGCCGGCAUCUCAGACAGAGAAUCAAUAUUUUUCAACAGCCACAAUGUUUCCAAGCCAGAAUCAUCAUCUGUGUUAACAGCACUUGAUAAAAUCGAAGGAGUGUUUGAGCGGCCAAAUGACGACGUCAUCCGGGAAAUCUCCAAGGCACUGCGGCAGGCUCUGGGAGUUUCCCUCUUUGGAAUUGAUAUCAUCAUUAACAAUCAGACUGGUCAGCAUGCGGUCAUUGAUAUAAAUGCAUUCCCAGGGUAUGAGGGUGUUUCCGAAUUUUUCACAGAUCUCCUGAACCACAUAGCUGCUGUCCUGCAGGGUCAGGCACCUGAGGUGACCCAGCUAAACCGCAGCAAGCUCCUGGCUGAGCAGACCAGCGGGAUCAUGGACGAGCGGAUAUGCUGCGCUAGCACGGGCUGUCUCAGCGUCAUGGGAAAAGACUCCUCCUGGAUUGUGGAAAGUGAGACCAACAGCUCAGUAAAACUGCAACACCAGAGACUAGGCUGCAACUCGGCAGUGUCCCCCAGCUUCCAGCAGCACUGCGUCGCUACGUUGGCAACGAAAGCUUCCUCCCAAUAACUUGCCAAUGCCAUGGACUAAGGAAAAGCCACAGGGAUACAAAUUGUGGUCCCAGAACCAGAUCAGGCUGUAACAAUACACUUGUGAAAAAUGAAAAACAAAAAAACACAAAAAGCAAAACAAAAAAAUCUUUCAUUUGAUUUAACCUGAUUUGCUGAUGAAAUGGACUGAAAUGGGGAGGGUGAGAAGGUGAUCCAGAUCCAUUUCAUCAGAUUCCAGUUGCAAAUCUGUAGUGAGUUUACACACACAUGGGUUUUAACACUAGUCCUUUCAUUGUGGGAGGGUUGCUCUUUCAUUUCUGUUGUUCUUUGUAAUCACUGGUGACCAGCAUUUUAAAAUCGGACCUCAUGGUAUCAAGAAGAUAAUAAUGUUGAAAUGGAGUGUAUGAAUGUAACAGUGCUAGAGAUUUUUGCCUAAAGUGCUCCCCGUUCCCUCUUUCCAGCUAGGCCCUUGCAAAAGAAAGCUAAGAUAACUUCAGUAUCACCAAACCAAACCUGUUGAAACAUCCACCAGUCACGAUGUUCACAGGUAGCUUGCUGUGAGUGGGACAGAGCUGACUGGUUGUUCAGGGUGCAGAACCAAGGCAACAGCCCUGGUUCCAGCUUUGCAGUUUUUCCCCUGGCCUUAUUGCCUCAGUCAAAAGCAGCUUCUAACUACACUUGCUAAUAGUGAAACACGCCUGAUCCAGACAGGCUCAAGUUGGAAAAAAGGGGUGCAGCUAGUCAGGAUGAGUGAUUUGGUAGAUGAAACAUCAUCCUUUCAGUCCUCUGCUAGCGGUGAAAUCCAUGAAGAGUUAGAGGUUUCAGCUCAUCUCUUAGCAGAGAAUGUAAUUCUCCCUCCAUUGCACUUGUGAAGAGUCCGGGACAGAUCUGCGAGGGGGCUGGCAAACAGAGCCAUACAUUUUCCUUAGAGCAGUACAUCUGGUCUGCAGAUCCUGAGGAGUAACACAGUUGCUGCCUUUCACAGAUCCAAGGCUCUGUAUUUUUUUUUCUUUUUCUUCUGGAGACUAAAUAUGGGCAGAAUUGCCUGGAGUGAGGCUUUGUAUGAGGUAGCAAUACAUGACAGCUCUAGCUUAGAGACCUCAUUAUUGCGUUGCAAGCUGUCAGAUGAUGCUGUGUGGUAAUUUACAACAGUGCUGUAUAUCAUUUAUAAACUGUAGCACAGCCAAAUUGUAUAUUGCUCUUGAGAUGCACAGUAACCCUACAGUGUUCACCCUCUAUUGCAUCUUCUAGCAUGGCAGCAUCUUCUGCUGCUGAGAAUUCCUGCAACUUUUGCCAAUUCUGAACACUAAACUGGAAAUAACUGAGUCUGUCAGUGCUGGGAACAUAGACACUAUUUUGGUAGACUUAGUGGCCUUUCCUUCUUCAUAUAAGCCCUAAAAUAAAUUUAAGGAGGUGGUGUUAAGAAAAUUUCCUUAGUUAAGCUCUUAGCUUACAAAUAAGGGAAUUUCCAUCUUUCUAUACCAGGCAUUUAUAAAGCACUCAUCACUGCGGCAUUUAAUAUGUUUUGUUGCUGUCAUGCAUUAGAUAUCUACUCAAAAGGAAAGGACCUAGAGAUUAGAGCCCGGGUAGACCAAGGAGAAAGGAGUAAACCAAAGUCCUGCCUGAUGGUACCAGUCCUGUAGGGGAAGACAUUUCUAAGAGUGUUCUGAAGCAAUUACUUUGUGUAAAUGAUGAUUUUCCUUUAGGAGGCAUUGGAUUUCUUCCCCAAAGUGCCAUUCUAGGGAGUUUUCUAUAGCUGGGAUUGGAUUUUUGAGGCUGAUUUAUACAACAGAAGAUUAUUCCACCUCUAGAAAGGUAUUAACUUUAAGUUUAGAUACUUCUAUAAGGACUGGAAGGACCUUGUGAGUCCGGUAUCUGUUGAAUUCCAGGGUACACAUAAAUACAGCCAAGUUCCUAGACUGCGCGCAGAUGAGUUAUGAGUUGGGCGCUCUUCACAACCCUUGUAUGCUUCGAGGCUGCUGAAUCCCACGUUGACUGCAGCUUGCAGGUCUCGGGUGGUAGUGGUGUGAGUGAGUCAGAUGUACAUAGUUUAAGGGUUUAUAAAAGUAUUCAUGAUAGACCAAACCUUUCGUAAAGCCAUGACUGAAAUAAAAUUGACAUCUACAGUUUUGGGUUUGUUUUUGUUUGUUUUAAAAAAAAGUCUUUUUAUGUUACAUGUGUAACAGAAGAUACCCUCAGGAAGGAGCUUGCCAGUGCAUAUUUUUGUAUGGUACUUUCUUGUAACCAGCUGGUGGAGUGUUUGUAGACUUGCCUUUUGAUCCCUUUAUUACAAUGGCUUUUUUUUUUUUUUAAUUGGGUGGUGGGGAAGAAGCAAUGAUGAUAAAACUGAGUUAGUAACUCAAGACCUUUCAAGCUAAGUAUGUUUACAUGAAUCUGAGUGUUGGAUCCAGUAGAAAUGUCUGUAUGCUGUUUCCUAGUUAGAACAUCAAAUAAGAUUUUUAUUUUCCUGGCUGCCUUCUGAAUUUUGGUUGGCCUAUUUUGCACUGCUUUAUUUCUCCAAAAUAAACUACUGAAAUAUAAUUGUGCAUUUUAAACUUGUUUACAAAUGAUUGUUAAAAGUUUAUUUUGUAAUUCUCUGAAGGCUUACAGAAAUACUAUAUUUAAAUAUUACUCCAGACCUUGGCAGUAACUAGAAAACAAGUUUAGGUCGUUGGUGUGAUCAGUGACAUGUUUUUCCCAUAGUCUAUAAUUUAUUUUUAUUUAUCAAAUAUAUUGGUAUCAAUUUACCGGGUGCAAAUAUGCGGAUACCUGUUGUGAUGUGGCAUUACAAUAGAUUUUUCACAUAAAUUACCAUGCAAUUGCUGUAGUACUAUAUUUCCUUGCAAAAAUUGUUGUUAUGGCUCAUAUAGUAGAAUAUUGCUAAAUCACAUGGGCAAAUUGGGAGACCAACUGUUUAAAGCCAAAAUUUUAAAUUACCAUGUAUCCAGACAUACAGUUACUGAACUGCAAAACAUUCAAGCAUGCACAUAUUUUUAAGCAUGUGCUAAAGUGCUUUUCUGAACUGCUGCCUCAUUUGGUAAGUUCAAGAUAGUUUUUAUUUAAGAUAAGCUUCACAGUAAACUGGCUAAUGUUCUGUAGCUUUUUUUGUGUGUGUGAGAGUAAUAAAGUCUAGCAAUAUUAGACCUUCACAGAAUGCUCUUGCUCUUAAAAUUUUCAGACAAUCUGGGUGAGUUUUUCCAUGUUGACUAUUUGAAUUCUAUUAUUGUGGGGUAGAAAAGGUUCUGCUGUGAUUUCAGAGGCAUAGCUACUAUUGCUGUGUUGAUUGGAGCAAUUAUUUUAAAAUUAUAUGGUCACCAGUUAGCUUAGGGAUCAGAUUCUGUUCUAUCUCACUGUACAAAUCCACAGGAACACCAUUAGCUUGACUGGAAUUUCUCCAAGUUUUGUUACCAGCAUGAUGGAGAAUUGACUAUGAUUUCCACUCUAAUUAUGUAAUUGGCUUCAGUAGAUGAAGAUUUUUCCCCAUUGAAGAGAACUCCCAUGGUAUUAUUAUUGCCUGUGAUGUAGAACCAUCGCCAUCAUCUGCCCACUCUAGCUGACUUUGCCAUGGUAUGCUUUGGUUGGUAAUGGCUGUACCAGAACAGUUGGGUCAUUAUGUAAAAAUCAACUGCAAAAACACAGCCUAACUGUGAUAAUCAGUGUUGACACUUGUGAUUUUUGUAAUAGGACAUCCGCUUGGCCAGUGCUGUUUUGCCUUUGGUUAACCCCAGGCCUGGGCAUUCAGAACCUCUGUGCUGCAGGUGCCGAUCGAGUGGGCUGCCUGGUAGCUGGGAUGCACUGUCUUUCCAAUUCUUAUUCAGGCUGCUGGAACCUGAAUGGUAAAAUCGCCUGAAGAUCCCCAUUUGAAAUGCGUGAACGUUUGCAAGUAGGAGAUCUGCAGCAGCUUGCUCAGAUGGAAAGCCACCAGUUCAAUUUGUUUUCAUAAUGGAUGAAUACAAAUUAAGAACGCAACUCUGAGGCUUCUGGAGGAGUUGAAGGUAAUGAGGAUUGCCCAAGAUAAGGCCCCAAAUUCUCCAGAUAAUUACGGGCUGUGUCCAGCCAGGGAACAAUCAGUCGGAGUAGUGCAUAGCUAAAAGUGGCAGGAUACAGUCAAAAGGCAACAGAAUAAAUGUGGCCAGAGGUGUUCAAAUUGACUGGAAAAAAAGAGCAAAACAAAGGAAAAAUGCUUCUAUGAUUUCCAUCCCCCCAAAAUCUUUCCAGGCUUACUGAUUCUCAAAUUAACGCUGGUUUCCCAAAGUCUUUGCGUGGCAGCAGUGACAAGUCAGUCAGGCUUUUUCACAGUAAUUUGCAGCCUUGCCUUCCACAGCUGUGCAGAAAAUCUUGGGUUUUGGUUUUUUAGUGAAUAGACUCUGUUUUGAGUUUGUAGCAGUCUCCCCAUGUGCAUACGUGCAAGAAUUCACUUGCAUUACCCUGCUAAUUUUCUUUUCUUCUCUCCUUAGUAACAGAUGUAUUGAUUUUUGUAUUCAGUAUACAAUGACUUCAUGGUGUUGCAACUAUGUGUUUUGUAAUUAGGAGUAUGUGAAAAUGCUUUCUGUAGAUUAAAAUAUUUCCUUUAAUAUAAUCUCCUCUUGCUUUCAUAGAUAAACAGACACACUGUUGCAGAUCACAUUGCUGAUUUUAUUUGUAAUAUUGCUUUAAUAUCUAUUUCAGAGGAAUGUAACCUCCAGAAAAGUACUUUCCACAUCUUCCCUGCCUUUCCUUUCCCUGUUCACUCUAUGUGGAUCCAGGCCAUCAAAACUUGAGUUUGUGACGGGAUAGGUUUGAGAUCCUCCAUGGAUUCUGCCGUGUUUACAUGGUUACAGAAUUUAUCAGUUUGUUGAUAUUUUAGAGGAUCCAGGUAUAAAUGAAGAUUUGUGAGUGAUUCCUCAGUGUCACGAGCACGAUAGCAUCCAUAGCGAGCAGAGGCUCUGAACUGCUCUCGUAUGCGUGCAACAUGCAGGUGACUGGGUCAGUCCCUGCUGGUGGUGCAGUUUUCCUAUGGAAGAGAAAAAGUCACUGUAAGAAAAUCUACUAUAUAUGUGGUGCAGAUGGAGGGCAAGGAGAGAAGAGAGGGGUUGGGAGUAAAAUCCUGGCCUUGUUGAAGCCAGUGGACAUUCUGAUAACUGGUGGGCCAGGAUUUCACUCUACGUUUCUUUAUAACUACCUGGGGAGAUAUUUUUCUCUCUCUCCACCUCUCACCCACUGGGGCUGACGCUGAGCGGAUGCCUGUGGGCCGCAUGAGCUCCUUUGAAGGCUUGCCCAGCGUGCCGUGGAUUUGUGGAGGGCUCCCAAUGUGCUGUGAAGUGUUGGUUGAUGGCUCCUGGCACUCCAGAAACAGCUGAAGCAGCUAGUGAACAGUUCAUGAAAAUCAGGUCUUCCUCUUCCAUCCUUUCUAAGGAAACCCACCUUUUUUUUCCUUUCAUUCUUUACACAGUAGUUUUUAGGUAUAAAUUAUUUUAACUUUCUUUGUGUGAAAAGUCAUAUAUACAUAUAUAAAGUUAUUAAAAGGUUGAGUAUAUGUUGAGUAUAUAAUAGUGAUUUCUUUGUUUCAGAUGUUAGCAGCCCCUAAAAAUGAGUUGUUUAUCCUCUUGUAAAGUCGGUGCUGUAAAAAAAAAUUAAAAAUAAAAGAUGUAUUAGAUGUACCUUUUAUUAUUUAUUUCUAAUUCAGUAUUUGAUAUGGCUUGUGUAUACCCUUCUGAGAACCACAGACUAGAAUGCAGUCGUUCUCAAAGUGAAAUAAUAGUCAUUCCUUGGGAUCCCAGCAGUUCUGAGAAAACUAGCCCUCCAUAUUUGAGUGGCGUUGGAUAUUUUCCUUCACCCAUCAUCUUUGCUCUCCACUUAAGCAUGGGUAAAGUCGGGGACCAUUUUUGUAUGCGCUAGGUUUCACAAGUUCAUCAAUGUCUGUGUUCAAAUCCAGCUGUAUAGUGUUAACAAGUGUAUCUUGUGAUUUGCUUCAGCCCUGUUCACAAUAAUUUCUGAAACAAUGCCCAUUUUGUACUUAAUUUGUAUAGAAUUAUAUAAACGUUUUUAAAAAAUCAUGCCUUACUGUAAAAACCAAAAGUAGUUGCUUUUUGGCCUCUUCAGUUGCAUGACUGAUCAGAUCUGACAAUGAAGACGGUGCUUUCAUCUAACAGCAUUGAUUUCAAUGGUAAUAUAUUCUCUUUUUUCCCCUUCAUUUGCCAAACACCUGUGAUGGACAGUAUUUUGGUUUUAACAGUGAAGCAAUAUGCAGUAGGUUUGUGGCAUUCUCUCUGUAAUUGUUCCGAAGACAGAAUUGUCCCUUUCCAACACGUAAUGAAAAUAAAUGCCUAACAACAUG